UUAAAAUAAGCAAGAUAAUAAACUUGCCGUGUUCUGGGCAGUUGGAAAGCUCAGAGUAGUAGAAAGAAAGAAUGUCGAACGCUGUGGCGAAUGGGCUAGCCGGCGCCGGAGGUGGCAUCAUUGCCCAGAUUAUCACUUAUCCUCUCCAAACUGUCAAUACGCGCGAACAGACCGAGAGAGUCGCCAAGCAAUCCUUAGCUACUUCCAAACGCCUUGGAACUCUUCUACAAAUUCUCCAUGUUAUAAGAACCGACGGUUGGGGAGGACUCUACAGUGGCCUUAAGCCUUCUUUGCUCGGCACUGCCGCUUCACAGGGCAUUUAUUACUAUUUUUAUCAAGUGUUUAAAAACAAGGCUGAGGCCAUCGCUGCUGCCCGCAAAGUCAAAGGACGUGGGGAUGGUACUAUUGGGAUGUUUUCUUGGCUUAGUGUGGCAGCCUUGGCUGGUUCCUUGAACGUGCUGCUGACAAUUCCUAUAUGGGUUCUGGUGACUCGUAUGCAGACACAUACUCAAGCUGAGAGAAAAAUCAUGGAGGAAAGAAAGGACGCUCUGUUGAGGGAAGCUUCUGAAAAUGGUUUGACGGGUUCUGAAUUACAACACAAAUUGGCUGAACUUGAUUCAAUAAAACCCCGUCCAUAUGGAACUUUGCAAGCGGUCCACGAGGUUUACACUGAAGCCGGAAUUACUGGAUUUUGGAAAGGCAUUGUUCCAACACUUAUUAUGGUUUGCAACCCUGCAAUACAAUUUAUGAUUUAUGAAGGCUCGUUAAAGCGUCUAAGGGAAAAACGUGCUACCAGCAAGCAGGGAAGGAAAAAUAUAACUGCUUUAGAGGUUUUCUUUUUAGGGGCCUUGGCGAAACUAGGAGCAACUGUCACAACAUAUCCAUUGUUAGUUGUCAAGUCAAGGUUGCAAGCAAAGCAGGAGAUCGGUGGGAAUGUUUCACUAAGAUACUCAGGUACUUUUGAUGCCAUAUUGAAGAUGAUCCAGUAUGAAGGAUUGCCUAGCUUUUACAAAGGGAUGAGCACAAAGAUAGUACAGAGUGUUUUUGCAGCAUCUGUACUUUUUAUGGUUAAGGAGGAAUUUGUCAAGGUUUACAUGGUGCUGGAAGAUAAAUGCAAUAAAGUUCUGUUUAGUUCAGCAAAAUGAUUACUUGAUAAAUGUAAGAUGAAAACUGUGUCCUUAAUUAAAAUGUACAAUAUUUAUAAUUUGGUAUUGCAGCCAAGUGACCAGCUUAGUUACAUUUGAAGACGCAUAUACGUACACACACACACAUUAGUUACACAUUCUAGGACAUCACAUGGGUCAAAGACUCAUAAUGUGAUGCUUAUUCCAUCUGAUUUUACAGAACAUUGGAAAGUGAAUUUUGAUGAUGUGAUAUUUAAUUUCGCAAA